AUGGACGUCCACGGAGUAUCUCAUAGCGAUCGCAUGGAUUAUAACGACCUCGAUCACAUGGGGCCCAAACACGGCAAAAUGUUGCCCUGCCAGGAUGAUCGCUUGGACAGUGGUCUGGAAUCGUUGAAGGAAGACGAGCUGGUCAACGACUUGGAUCACUUGCGUGUGAGCGUAAGCGAAGUACGCCCAGUAAUUCCCGAGUACGAGCCUUGGAGAAGUGUCGUGACCGAGGACGGAGACACGCUUCUACACUUGGCCAUCAUUCAUGAAGCCUCUGACCAAGCCGAACAGAUGAUCAAACUGUCCCACAAUCACCCCUUCCUGAAUGUACAGAACAACCAAAGACAGACGGCACUCCACCUCGCCGUGAUCACAGACCAGCCCCAGUUGGUGGAACGACUCCUGAAAGCAGGCUGUGAUCCGCGGCUGGCUGACGACUCUGGCAACACGGCGUUGCACAUAGCCUGCAAGAAAGGCUCCCUCGCCUGUUUCGGCGUCAUCACCCAGACAAGUCAGCGCCACCUCAGCUCCAUCAUCUCCUUCCCCAACUACAGUGGACAUAACUGUCUUCAUGUCGCAUCGCUUCACGGUUACAUUUCAUUAGUGGAGAAUCUCGUCGGACUAGGUGCAGACAUCAAUGCACAGGAACAAUGCAGUGGCAAGACGGCACUCCAUCUGGCUGUGGAUGUCCAAAACCCAGCGCUGGUCCGUCGCCUCCUUGACCUCGGUGCUGACGUUAAUUGCCUCAACUAUGGCGGUUUCACACCGUACCAUCUCACAUAUGGAAGGCAAAAUGAAGAAAUACGAAGCCAGCUGUACGAGAAGACUGCGCAGGAGUUGAGGGCCUUGCCUGAAAGCGAAUCAGAUGAAAGCGAUAUGGAGGAUUUGGACUUUACGGAAGAUGAGUUAUACGAUGACAUCAAGUUUGGAAAGUAG